CUCCGAGCAGUUUGAUUGGGCAUGACUUUGGAUGCGAACACCACAUGGGAUCGCUUUCCUCAGGCAACAAAGCAAAGCCUCAGAGACACCCCCAAGCGUACGCACUAUGAAGUGGACAACAACCAACAAAUCUCCAAAUCAAAAAGACAAUGAUGGGUUGGACCAAUCGGGCGGUAGUUCUUGCAGCCGCCUGCAGUUGCCUCCUGACGGCUCAAGCCUUUCAAGGAAGGGCAUCGUCUGUUCUUCUACGUCCUCGUCAAGUUCGAUUGGGUGGAUCCCCUUUUUUUAUAUGUACAACUGGCCGUCGGACAGUCAAAGCCAGCAUCACCAACAAUUGGGCAGGAUCAAGCAGCGACAAUAAUGAACCCCGAAAAGAAACUCCUGCACGUCGAAUGCGACGCCGCAAAGUAAAAAUCUACAACAAAAAGAAGGUCCGAGCAACCGCCAUUUUGUUUUCCCUCUGGUACAUUCUCAGUGUGGCAUACAAUAUCUUUAGCAAGAGAGCCUUGAACAUGGCGCCAGAGUUGGCUUGGACAGCCGCCUUUCUGCAAUUGGCACUUGGAUUGACUUAUGUAUUUCCCGUCUGGGUCAGUGGACUGCGAGCACCUCCACAAGUGAGCAACAAGGAUAUUCGGAGGAGAAUCUUGCCAGUUGCUCUCUUGCAUGCACUGGUUCACGUGGGUGGUGUCAUCAGCAUGGGAGCCGGUGCUGUCUCAUUUACCUAUAUUGUAAAGGCGACGGAGCCAGCAGUUUCUGCACUGCUGUCAGCCGUGUUUCUCAAGUCUUUCCUACCCCUUCCAGUUUAUUUGACGCUGGUGCCAGUCAUUGCAGGAGUUUCUCUGGCGUCCGUGUCGGAACUUACAUUCAGCUGGAAGUCCUUUCAGUAUGCCAUGAUGUCCAACCUUGCCAGUGCCAGCCGCGGAAUUGUGAGCAAGAAGACCAUGACAAACCGAGUUGGCAAGAACUUGACGUCGGCCAAUCUGUAUGCCAUUUUGACGAUACUGGCAACAAUAGUGUUGUUCCCCGUUGUGGCGAUUCUGGAAGGAAAUCAAUGGAUCCCUUCCUUCCAGAGACUACGACAACACCAUCAAUUCACGUCCUAUCUGAUCCAAGUAUACUUGGCAGCAAUGACAUACUACACGUACAAUGAAGUUUCCUUCAUGGCACUUGACAACAUAUCCCCGAUUUCUCAUGCUCUAGCCAGCACUCUGAGGAGGGUCUUUAUCAUCACAACCAGCAUGAUGGUCUUUGGAAACAAAAUGACUCCUCUGGGUGCUUUCGGCAGCUCCAUGGCUGUAGGAGGGGCUCUUUUGUAUUCUGCCGCCAAGAAUCAUUACAAAAAGAAGAAAGCUGUCUAGUAGCGAACACGUUCCAUAGACGUUCGAAGAUGUACAUUGCAUAUUGCCCAGAUUGAACCCUACCGGUAGAAUCGCCAGACAACACGGUGGGCGAUUGGUGGCGGUUGUUGCGUUGCUUGCCUCCUGUGCGUUGCGUUAUCCGGGUCACCGAAGACCUACAUGUAGGAAGUCCAGAGCGACUCGACUCUUGCCCAAAAACAAAGCCGUCUUUGCUACCGGUAGCGAUAAAUCGCAUUGUGCUUUUACAUCUUUCUCACACUUUCGCAUACAAAAUUUUGUUGCAAAAUACCCAGAGUACAGUC